AUGUCCCUUGGAAACAGCCUCUACGGCGGUGUACCAGAAGCCUGGUGCUCGUCUGGCUUCUCAAGAAAAGCGAUCGUCCGACACGGUCCUCUGAAAGCGGCCAAGUACAUGCUCCGAUCCGCAAAGGGGUAUAACCUGAAAAAGCUCCCUGAGGUCUCGGAUAAAAAUUCUCGAAUCACGCAAAUUUGGGACAGAGACGACAAUGGAAAAAGACAUCGUCGCUAUACAGUAGAAAAUAUCGAGGGUAUUGUGGGCGUUGUGGUCCAGGAGGGGCGGGAUCCAGAUCGCGUGUACAAAACAGCACCUCGGACAUACCUCAAAGUCAAGUUUAUUGAUAUCGCCAAAGACGAUGAAAAGAAUUACCUCUCAGACGGCUGCGCCUGGGUUCCCAAAUCCGACCUUGACGGCUUAUUUGAGGCCGAGAUGAUCUUGGACGCGAUAAGCGAAGCUUGGGAUAAACAAGAAGAGCGGUAUCACUUGUACGAAAACGGUGCUGGACGUGGCAGUCCCGAUCGCCUCCCUUCUGUUUGUCCGCUGAACGUUUUUGUUCGCGAGAAAAGAUCUCGUACACACUCGACCACUCCCAAGUCAUCCAUCGAAGCCGUGCACCCCCAAUCGAAGCUUAAAAGGAGUCCAAGAACCUCUACGAUCAUCGACUUCUCAGAACCAGCCGUCCAGGCACACCCUCCAUACGAUGGUGCGGUAGAAGUCAAGGAAGAGGAUAUUGAUUACCCGAGUCUCUCCGUCGUGCCUGAGCAGCGUCCAGAAGUCCUUUCAAAUCCGCCUGCCGAGAAACCGGUGAGUACAAAGACCCCGCAACUGGGCAGUGAUCCCAUCACAUUCAGCAAAACAGAAUUUUUUUCUCGAAAGGCCGAAGAAGAGGACUGGAAUAAUUUGAGUAGGGAUCAACUGGCCGUCCAAAAAACUAUCGCUGACGCCCUCUGGUUGGUCCACCGGAAGGUAAUGCUUGCGAACAACGCAGUAGAAGUUGGAAACAGCCAAGGGAUCCCUGUCUUUUAA